GUUGGGAUGAGUUGUCUUAAAUCUCGACCCAUGUUUUAAAGUUGGGAUGAGUUAUCUUUUAUCUUGGAUAAAUUGUCUUAUAUUGGGAUGAGUUGUCUUUGGGAUGAGUUGUCUCUAUAGUGUAUACCAUCUAUUAGUAAGUGCAGGAGGACCGCAAACCUAGCGGGUAACCACCUUCACUUGAUCAUGAUAAUUUAAUAAAGGAGCUACUGUCUGAACCGUGAUGGAAAGCUCCAGUAUUGAAGAACUCGCGGCUCAUUUUAAUGAAAAACUGAGUAAUCUAAAUACAGUUUGUGAACUAAGACAUGUGGGUAAUGAUUCCCAUUGCAAAAAACAUUUGUCUACAAUAGAAAGAGAACUACAGAGUUUAGAAAUUACCAUGGCUUUACUAAAACAAGAAAUCAGUAAACAAAAGGAACAGUUAAGAUCUGUUGAGGAAAUAAAGAAGAAAUUUCACAGAUUGAUAAAAGAUGUUAAUUACACUGCGAAUAAUAUACCAGCUAGACUACCACAUAAUAACUUACAGAAUAGCAACAAUGAAAGCGAUAAAACUGACCAAAAAGUUAAAUCUUUGACCAAACCAGGAAAUAUCAAAACAGAAAAUAAUAAAGAAGUUAAAAAAACUGAAAGAAAGCACUGCCCAUCAAUUGAGUAUUUAACAGUAGAUGAAUUUGAGGAAGUACCGAAAUAUAUGAAGGGUCGAGUGACAUAUAAUCAAGUGAACUCUCUGGUUGAUGAAUUAAAUAAGACCUUUAUAGCCAAAUAUAAAAUAUUACGCAUGAAAAAGUCAACAAUGAAUGAUGUUUCCAGAAAAAGAUUUGAAAACUAUAAAAUUCAAGAGAAUAAAGACACAGAAGGUGUGUAUUUUGUUGUUGAAGCUGAUAUAAAGGACUUUUCUUCUAUUAAAAUGGAUGCAAUAACGAGAUCUAUACUCACAACAUUAAGACAUUGUGGAAGAAUUCGUGAAAUACGAGGAGGAAAAUUGACAAGAUAUGCAAUUAUUGAAUCUUACUAAUAAUAGCCUUAACUUUAUAACUAACCAUACAUAAAUUAUUUUAUAAACUAACCUGUGUAAUAUAAUAAAAUAUAACUAAACAUACAUAA